AUGCGCCCCAGCGCCGGCGCCCACAUCGUGACAGCAGACGCGCCGGACGAGGCGCUCAGCGCCCUGGGGUACAUCUAUUCCCUGGCAAUCAUACGCAGCGCAGAGUUCCCGGCCUCCGUCGACCUGCGGCGCUUGGCGCCGCCCGCCGCGCUGCUCGACGGCCUCGCCGCGCUGCAGCUCGCGCGCCACGCCUCGGGCGCCGCGCGCAAGGGCAAGGCCGCCGUCACCGCGGACUCGGUCAAUGCUGAGCUGUCGCAGCUGCUGGCCGCGGCAAACCUGGAGUCCAUUGCGGGCGGGAAGGGCCUGCUGGCCAGGAAGGCCCUGAUCUUGAAGGAGAUCGGGAAGACCCCCAGCGGCAGCAAGGGCGGCAUGACAGCCGCGGCGGCGGCCGACCUAGCGAAGCGGCUCGCGGCGCUGUUCAGCGCGGACGAGCUGCAGCCGGCGCUGGAGGCGUACGCGGCCGCAGCCUGGGACGCGCUGGGGCCCACGUACCUGCAGGCGAGCCUGGCCCACGAGGCCGAAAUCUUGAGCGGCGGCAGGGAGCGGCCAGCCGAGGGCCACGCAGUGUACGGUCCCGCGGCCCCUGCAGCAGCCCCGUCCACGGCAGCCGCGUCGCCCGCGGCGCAGAAAGCGGCGCCGGCCGCCCGCCGCGGGCGCAAUGCCCCCACGCUGGCGGCGCCGGCGCCGGCGGCCGCCGCCCCUGCUGCUACCACGGCGGCCGCUGCCCCCGCCCCUGCUGCAGCCGCCGUUCCUCCUGCCGCCGUGGCCGCACCCGCGCCUGCUGCUAAGGCCAGCAAACCGCCGUCCGCCGCAGCGGCAGCGCCCGCCAAGGCCGCCAGUGAGCCCGCCGCCAAGCCCGUCAGCGAGCGGCGGCUGCGGAAUGGCAAGACAGUGCAAGUGCCGGCGCCCAAACAGGAGAAGGGCGCCCCGGCCCCUGCCUCCGCUCCCCGGGCGGCGGCUGCGUCUCAGCCCGAGGCAGAGCCUGAGGCAGCGCCGGGCGGCAAGCAGAAGAAGGGCAAAGCAGCCAAGAAGAGCGCGGCGGGCGGCAAGGGCGCAAAGCGGCCCGCAGCUGACGAGGCGGCGGCGGGGGCAGCGGCGGAGGCGGACGUGAAUGCGCGGAUCGCCGAGCAAGUGGUGGCGGAGGCGGAUGCAGCGGCAGCGGCAGCGGCAGCGGCAGCGGCAGCGGCAGCGGCAGCCGGCGGCAGCGGCGGCGGCAGCGGCAGCGGCAGGAGGGAGGACGCGCGUGGGGACCCAGAGCGCACGGGCGCCCGCGCGGGCGCAACGGCAGCCAGACGGCCUUCCGCCGGCGCAGCUGCGCCGUGGCCGCCCACCGAGCCUGCCCCGAGCGGCAGCCCCGCGCCCAAGCGGCGCAGGGUGGUCCGGUGGCAGCCGGAGGAGACGGACGUGCUCAUAAAAUACGUGUAUGAGUACGGCCCCGGCAACUGGAAGGCCAUCAUCGAGGUGGCUGGCCACCUGCUCAACAACCGCACGCAGGUGGACCUGAAGGACAAGUGGCGCAACCUGGAGAACGCCGGCAAGGUGCUGAGAGACAGGGAAGACCAGCUGCGCGCGGCCGCGGCCGCGGCCGCGGCGCCCUCUGCGGCGCAGGGGCAGCAGGACGGCGGCGCGUAG